AUGUCGACCUUCAAUGGGAAAACGUCGUACUCCCCGGAUUAUGCAUCCUACAACUGGACUGGUGCUCCCUCCGACUACUCCGCGCUCACUACCAAUGAACUGGGUGGUAACUCUCGCACCGAGAACUUGAACAAAUGGUUCCAAUCUGGUGAUCAGGCCUACAUCAUUGUGGCUUCGGCCAUGGUGAUGGUCAUGGUGCCUGGUCUGGGUUUCUUGUACUCUGGUCUGGCUCGUCGAAAGUCCGCUCUCAGUAUGAUCUGGGCUUGUAUGGCAUCUAUGUCGGUCAUCACUUUCCAGUGGUACUUCUGGGGUUACUCCCUUGCAUUCUCCCCGACCGCGACCAACGGUUAUAUCGGUAACUUGCGCAAUUUCGGCCUGAUGAAGACCCUGGCCGCGCCGAGCCCGGGUUCCCCACUCAUCCCCGAUCUUCUCUAUGCUUUCUACCAGUUGCAAUUCUGCGCCGUCACUGGGGCAAUCGUUAUGGGAGCUGUGGCUGAGCGCGGUCGGCUUCUCCCCGCUAUGGUAUUUAUCUUUGUCUGGGCGACCAUCGUCUACUGCCCAUUGGCCUGCUGGGCGUGGAACGUGAACGGCUGGGCGUACAAGUACGGUGUAUUGGACUAUGCCGGUGGUGGCCCCGUGGAAAUUGGAUCCGGUUUUACCGCUCUCGCCUACUCAAUGGUUCUCGGCCGUCGACAAGAACGCAUGAUGCUCAACUUCCGCCCUCACAACGUCUCGCUCAUCCUUCUCGGCACCGUCUUUCUCUGGUUCGGCUGGCUUGGAUUCAACGGUGGCUCGGCCUUCGGUGCCAACCUUCGUGCCACCAUGGCCUCCUGGAACACCAACCUGACUGCCGCCUUCGGAGCCAUCACUUGGGUUUUGCUCGAUUGGCGUCUUGCUCGUAAGUGGUCGAUGGUCGGUUGGUGUUCCGGUACCAUCUCGGGACUUGUGGCCGCGACUCCGGCUUCGGGUUUCAUUACUCCUUGGGCCAGUGUGAUUCUGGGAAUCGUGACUGGCAUAGUUUGCAAUUACUCGACCAAGAUCAAGUUCUGGAUCCGCAUUGAUGACUCCAUGGAUGUGUUGGCUGAACACGGUAUCGCCGGUAUCGUCGGUCUCGUUUUCAACGCCUUCUUCGCGGAUGACGCCAUCGUGGGCCUGGACGGUGUAAACACAGGCACCGGGGUCGGUGGCUGGGUCAUUCACAACUACAAGCAGCUUUACGUUCAGAUCGCCUACAUCGUCGCUACCGCCGCUUACUCAUUCGUCAUGUCCGCCCUUAUCGCUCUCGCCAUCAACGCCAUCCCCGGUCUCAACCUCCGCGCCUCCGAGGAAGCCGAAUUGCUCGGCAUGGACGACGACCAGCUGGGCGAGUUCGCCUACGACUAUGUUGAGGUCCGCCGUGACUACCUGGCUUGGACUCCCCAGCAAAAGGACCAGCUUGAAGACGGCCACCAUAUUCCCGCCGCGGAGCGCUACGGUAUCGGCGAGCACAGUGAUAUGAUGAUCGAAGGACAGCCGCCCAACGGUGAGAUCAGCCAGAGCAGUCGGGGUGGCAGUGAGGUGGAGGCUAUUCAAGAGAUUAAGGUGCAGCCUGACCCCGCACCAAAUGCCGAGCGCCACCAAUCCAACCUCCGGACACCCACCGAAGAGCCUGUCUUGCUGAGGCCUGUCAACGAGAAGACAGAAGAUGCCUAA